AAUUUGUGACAUUAAAUAAUGUUAUUGAUGCAAUUUCGCGCCUCUUCAGCCUUCAUCUGUCGCCCAAUAAAUUAUUUUCCUAUCGCGUAACGUAAUCAAAGAACAGCCAAAAUAAUGUCGUCUAAGAUCAACGUUCUAUUUGUUCAUCCCUAAAGAAAGCAGCGCGAAGAAACCGAAAGAAAGCAGAGCGAUGGCUGCCAUCUUCGCCUGCAAAGCUAUCUCCUUUGACCUCAACUCCGUGUACGCGCGAUCAUUGUCGCGCCCGCUUGCCGGCCGGAGACUGUAUUGCCACGUAUCAUGCCAGAAGUGCUCGCGGGAGAUCGAAGGCCCCUUUCGAACAGUGGAGACAGUUUCGAUUUCGUACUCGGAGCUCAAGGACAAGCGCCUGGAUUUGUCACCAAAAGUCGAAGAAGGGUUUGGACCUAAUGGUUUGGGAAUCAUAUCUGUGUCAGAAGUGCCUGGAUUAUCUGAUUUACGUCAAACUGUUUUAAAUCUGUCACCCAGAAUAGCAAGCCUUCCUACUAAUGUGAGAAAUCAGCUUGAAGAUCCUGACAGCAGGUAUGGACUAACUGCUAUGGUUAUCAAACAUAGAUUUAAGAAUAUGAAGUAAAGGUAAAAGAAAUAGAAAAGAAAUGAGGAUAUCACUUUG